AUUAUUUUAUUAAAAUGGAUUAAACAGAUGACAGAUGAUAGAGGCUCACGCAUACACAUUACACCAAUCGGCAUACAGUAAGAGAGAUGAAAUAUAUGCCUAAUAAUAUCAUUAAAACAAACACAGCGGGUCUCUGUUCAUUCAAGAGUUGCGAGCAAGGCUUUUUCUCAUAGAUUAGCUUGGAUUAGCUGAGUCAGAUGCAAAAGAUAAGAUUGUUUUGUCCUGCAGUAUUUUUUUCAAGACAUUUUUCCCAUUGGUAGUGGCUUUAGUGUACGCUUAGUUAUUUUGUUAGUAGUUUAGUUAAAAAGUGAUCGUAUAUCUAUGGAUAUUAAAGAAGAAUGACUGGAAAGGUUAGUGUUCUUGUGUUUUCGUUUUUCUUGUAUGUUGUUACCAAUGUGUCAGCAUGGAAAAAAUUAUUGGGAGAGCAUAUUUGUCAGAAAGAAAUCAGUGAGCUAACACCAGUGGAAACGUGGGAGCUGAAAAACAAAACGGUAAGGACAUACAAGUGGUGCCUGAACGUACCACCAAGAUGCUCAGAGUACCGAGUGAGGCCAGUCAAUGAAUCAAAAAUAAUCAUGAUGAACAAUACAAGGACAAUUGAAGUUUGUUGCGAUGGCUUUGAAGAACACCAUGGAUUCUGUUUGAGCUCUUGCGGAAGCUGUGGCAAUGGUUUUUGCAGGCACGGCAUUUGUGAAUGCCAUCACGGAUGGCAAGGAAUGCAUUGUGAAACUCCACUGACCAAAAGUGAUACUAAAAACAUAGAGGACGUUUUCAUGGAAAAAAGCUACAGUAUUUUAAACCAAACGUUGAAAACUGAAGAAUCCAUAUCCACAACUAGUGUUUCAAAUGAAACCAGAUGGGUUUCUUCAACUUUAGUAACUGAUAUUUCAAUACCAAUAGGAACUAGUACUGAAGAAGUAACUGUUCCAUCAAGAUCAAUACAGAUUUCAACUUCGCUAAGUACAAAUACUGUAAAAGAUGCUAUUUCAACAAGCUCAAUAAUAGGUUUUUCGACUUUUUUCGAUACUAGUACUGAAAAAUCAACUCUCUCUUCAAGAUCAACACAGAUUUCGACUCCACAAAGUACUAGUAGUGAAAAAGCAAUGGUUACAACUAGUUUAACAAAAAUUUCAACUCCUUUAAAUACCAGUACUGAAAAAGAGAAUAUUUUAGAGAUUUCAACAGAAACUAUACCAUUCCCUCACCAGAAAACAAGUUUUUCCCAAUCAACCAGUGAUGAUAAUUCAUUUAAUACAAUUAUAACAAAGCCAUCGUCAAGUUUAUUUACUACAAGUACCUCAUUUUCGUACAGUAAAGAAAGUACUCCUACUCAAUCAUUACACACAAGUACGCCUAAAUCUCAGUUCACAGAAAAUGGAAAUGAAGGUGACAUUGAUUACAGAGAAUUAGGUGGUAAAAGUAUUGAACUGGAUUCAUCUGAACUGUUCAACUCAGAAGAAGUUGUAGUCUCAAGCACGAUUAGACCAUCAGUUCAGGCAGAAUCGUCAGAAACCCUACUAAAAUCACUGUCUAGUGACGAAGAUCAGUUAAAGAAGUACAAGUCAGUGUUCCUGGCAAAUAUAAUCGAUAGAUCCGAUGUCAGGAAGCACCAUACUGUCCAGGGGGAUGUCAGUGACCACCAUGACGUCACUGAGCAGGAUCCCACAGGGAAAAAUCUGAUAUACAGUGUGUGCGCUGCUUCAAUAACUACUGGAAUUAUUUUAGUGGUUGUCAUUGUUUUUGUGGCUUUGAGGAAGAACAAAAAAAGAAUGGGGAAGGAUGAAGAGAAGAAAGAUGUGGCAACCGUGGCUGUAUAUACAACCAGUAUAUUUCAUACACCGCUACCAGAACCGCCUAGCUUUGAAAAUCCUUCAUAUAUAACUGCGACAGACAGAAAUUCUUGGAAAAAUCCAAUAGAAUCUAUAGAAGUUCGAGAUAUUUUGCCAUAUCCUUCAAGAGAUUGUAAAACAGAAUUCAAAACAUAUCUCUACGAUCAUCCACCAUCCACAGGUAGCUACAGGGCGUCGUCUAACAUAGAUGCUCUAUCACAGUACAAUAAUUCAAGAAAACUAUCUUUUACCGGAACAACAGUUCUUGAUCCGGUUUAUGAUGAGAUACCAGGUAACGAAGAAGAAUAUUCAGUGCCUAAAAAAUCGUAUAGGCCUGUGCCUAGGGAGGCGGAUAAUUUUAAUUUGUACAUGAACACAUGUAGAAGUACGAAAUUUUAAUCAAUAAAAACUACAUUUUAA